CUCUCUGAUUUUGGGGCAGAUCCUUAGCUCCAAGGGUGAAUCCAUCUGGUAGAAUGGCGAGCUUCACCGUCUGGGACUAUGUGGUCUUUGCGGCCAUGCUGCUGAUCUCAGCCGUCAUUGGGGUAUACUAUGCCUUCGUGGGAGGGGGGCAGAAGACAUCAAAGGACUUCCUCACGGCAGGCCGCAGCAUGAGUGCCCUCCCAGUUGCAUUGUCCCUCACUGCCAGCUUCAUGUCAGCCGUCACUGUGCUGGGCACCCCUGCCGAAAUCUAUCGCUAUGGUGCCAUCUUCUGCAUCUUUGCCAUCACCUACGGCCUGGUGGUGCUGUGCAGUGCCGAGAUCUUCCUGCCCGUCUUCUACAAGCUGGGCAUUACCAGCACCUAUGAGUAUUUAGAACUUCGAUUUAAUAAAUAUCUACGCCUCUGUGGAACAAUCCUCUUCAUUAUACAAACGACUUUAUACACUGGUAUUGUUAUUUAUGCUCCAGCUUUAGCACUAAAUCAAGUCACUGGCUUCGACUUGUGGGGUGCAGUGGUGGCGACUGGCGUGGUCUGCACUUUCUACUGCACGCUGGGCGGUCUGAAGGCAGUGGUGUGGACAGACGUUUUCCAGGUUGGAAUCAUGGUUGCUGGAUUUUCGUCUGUGAUUAUACGAGCUGUGGUGGUUCAGGAGGGAAUUGGACGCAUUGUAAAUGAUUCCUACCAUGGCGGAAGAUUAAACUUCUGGGACUUUGAUCCCAAUCCCUUGCAAAGGCACACCUUCUGGACGAUUAUUAUAGGUGGGACUUUCACGUGGACUGGUAUAUAUGGGGUCAACCAGUCUCAAGUCCAGAGAUACAUCGCAUGCAAAAGCAGAUUCCACGCAAAAUUGUCCCUCUACAUCAACCUGGUAGGACUCUGGGCAAUACUGGCCUGUGCCACGCUGUGUGGGCUGGCCCUCUACUCUGUCUACAAAGACUGCGACCCAUGGACGGCCAAGCAGGUGUCGGCACUCGACCAGCUAAUGCCAUACCUAGUGCUGGAUAUCCUGCACGAUUUUCCAGGAGUGCCAGGUCUUUUUGUGGCUAGUGCCUACAGUGGGACAUUAAGUACAGUGUCCUCCAGCAUCAAUGCUCUGGCUGCUGUGACUGUUGAAGACCUCAUUAAGCCGAACUUCAGAUCACUCUCUGAAAAGAAGUUGUCGUGGAUUUCCAUGGGGAUGAGCCUGUUUUACGGUGGAGUCUGCAUUGCUAUGGCUGCAGUGGCAUCUCUCCUGGGAGCCUUGUUGCAGGCAGCACUCAGCAUUUUUGGCAUGGUCGGUGGACCCCUUUUAGGACUGUUUGCCUUGGGAAUCCUCUUCUCCUUUGCAAAUGGAAUUGGUGCAUUUGUGGGUCUUGUCAGUGGCUUUGUCAUUUCACUUUGGGUUGGAAUUGGAUCUCAGAUUUAUCCUCCACUCCCAGAGAGGACCAAGCCACUCUAUCUCUCAACUGCAGGCUGUAAUAUAUCCUCAGGAAAUUUAACAUCAACAGAAAUUCCAUUAACAACAAUAUUCAGCACACCAAAUGCAGAGAGGCCUGCCCUGGCAGACACCUGGUAUUCCUUGUCUUACCUCUACUUCAGCACACUUGGGACACUUAUCACAGUAGUUGUGGGAAUAAUUGUCAGCCUUCUAACAGGAGGACUAAAGCAGAACACGGAUCGUAAAUUCCUGCUGACCAAAGAAGAUUUCCUGUCCAACUUUUCACGGUCUAAGUCAGGCACACCAGAGAAUAUGGAAGUGUUGAACUGUAAACCAUUUACCGUGACAGACGAAGGAACUGACAAUCCUGCUUUCAGCCACAUUGAAAUGGAUGUUGCAAGUGAUAAGAACAAAGUCAAUGGUCUUCAUAUGUGACACAAGGCUGCAUCAGCUCAUGAAGAUGGUUUUCUUCAUGUAAAGCACUGUUGACAUUCCUGUUCUGGGUCAGUUACCAGUUCUGCUUGGGUCCUGGGCCAGUAUCUGCAGAGCUUCAUGGCACCCUUGCCCUUGUAUGACCUUGACAUUAGUCAAGAAAGGAAUUAGGUCUUUCUUGCACUUUCUCAUUCUCUCUGUCUCACUUUGGAUCUUGGUGACAGGGCUUAAGAUGAUGUUUCUAUGUGAAAUAUUUGCCAGAUUUUCUCGAGCCUCCUGGAAAAUACCUGCUUUUAAUCUCAGUUCACCCUCAGAGUAAAUAUUUUAUUUGGGAAGAGUACUAUACCCCCAGAGAUGGCUGUUUUUCUUGUUUGUGUUUUUCUUUUUUCUUUUAAGGCAUUGAAAGUAUUAAGAGAUUAGGGUUGUGGGACUUUACCAGAUUUCAGAGAACAGGAGCU